AUGCGUAAGGCGCCCAGGUUUUCGCCGCGCCAGAAACACAAUUCGUUGUCUUCCCAACACCAUCCAAAAAAAGAAAUGGAUUCCUUCCAGCAACAGCCACCGACCCCUGGUAGAGCAAUAGGACAAAUGCUGAUUCCCCCAGAGCAGCAGGUGGGAGAGAAGGACUCAGUGUACCUCACCAAGGACUUCAACCAGCUGAUGUUGAACCCUGAGCUGCCAGGAGGAAACAGGGGCCAACAGAGGACAAAGGGGCCCGAGAACAACCUGUACAACCAGUACGAGGAGAAGGUGCGCCCGUGCAUCGACCUCAUCGACUCCCUUCGGGCCCUGGGCGUGGAGCAGGACCUGGCCCUGCCCGCCAUCGCUGUCAUCGGGGACCAGAGCUCGGGCAAGAGCUCUGUGCUGGAGGCUCUGUCGGGAGUCGCCCUUCCCAGAGGCAGUGGAAUUGUAACCAGGUGUCCCCUGGUGCUGAAAUUGAAAAAGCAGACGCACGAGUGCGUGUGGAGGGGGAGGAUCAGUUACCGGAACGUGCAACUCCAGCUGCAGGACCCCUCCCAGGUGGAGAAGGAGAUCUACAAAGCCCAGAACAUCGUGGCUGGAAGUGGAGUUGGCAUCAGCCACGAGCUCAUUAGUCUGGAGAUCACUUCCCCUGAGGUUCCGGAUCUGACCCUCAUUGACCUUCCCGGCAUUGCCAGGGUAGCCGUGGGAAAUCAGCCCCAGGACAUCGGACUACAGAUCAAGGCACUCAUCAAGAAGUACAUCCAGAGGCAACAGACGAUCAACUUGGUGGUGGUCCCCUGUAACGUGGACAUCGCCACCACGGAGGCGCUGAGCAUGGCUCAGGAGGUGGACCCUGAUGGAGACAGGACCAUAGGAAUCCUGACCAAACCAGAUCUAGUGGACAAGGGCACUGAAAAAAUCAUCGUGAAUGUGGUGCAGAACCUCACCUACCGCCUCAAGAAGGGCUACAUGGUCGUCAAGUGCCGGGGCCAGCAGGAGAUCACAAACAAGCUGAGCUUGGCUGAGGCAACCAAGAAAGAAAUGAUGUUCUUUCAGACACACCCGUAUUUCAGUGCUCUCCUGGAGGAAGGAAAGGCCACGGUGCCCCGUCUGGCAGAAAGACUUACCACUGAGCUCAUCUUGCACAUCAAUAAAUCACUCCCGUUGUUGGAAAAUCAAAUAAGGGAGAGCCACCAGAGGGCGACAGAGGAGCUGCGCCAGUGUGGAGAGAACAUCCCCAGCAAUGAAGCUGAUAAAAUGUUCUUUCUGAUUGAGAAAAUCAAAAUGUUCAAUCAGGACAUUGAAAAGCUAAAAGAAGGAGAAGAAUUUGUAAAGGAGAAAGAGACCCGCUUAUAUAACAAAAUCAGAGAGGAGUUUAAAAAGUGGGUUCUCGUACUUUCAGCCAAUACCCAAAAAGUUAAAAAUAUUAUUCAUGAAGAAGUCUCAAAAUAUGAAAAGCAGUAUCGCGGCAAAGAACUUCUUGGAUUUGUCAACUACAAGACGUUUCAAAUCAUCGUGCAGCAGUACAUUGAACAACUGGUAGACCCCGCACUCGGCAUGCUCCAGAAUACUGUUGAAAUUAUCUGGCAAACUUUCAUUGACACAGCCAGAAAACAUUUUAGCGAAUAUUCCAACCUUCAUCAGAGAGCCCAGCACGUGAUUGAGGAGAUAAAAAUGAAACAAGCGGAAACAGCAGAAAAUCUGAUCCGACUUCAGUUCAGGAUGGAGCAGCUGGUUUUCUGUCAAGACCAGAUUUACAGCGCGGUUCUCAGCAAAGUCCGAGAAGAGAUUUUUAACCCGUUGGGAAAGCUUCCACAGAAUCUAAAUUUGAAAUCGUCUGUUUCAAAUGAUACCUCUUCGAUUUCCUCCAUCACUGAAAUUGGGGUCCACCUGAAUGCGUAUUUCUUGGAAACCAGCAAACGUCUCGCCAACCAGAUCCCAUUCAUAAUUCAGUAUUUUAUGCUCCAAGAGAACGGCGAUUGGUUGCAGAAAGCCAUGAUGCAGAUACUGAACGAAAAAGAGCACUAUAGCUGGCUGCUCCAAGAACAGGCUGAGACCUCCACCAAGAGGAAUAUCUUGAAGGAGAAAAUUUACCGGCUCACUCAGGCGCGGCAUGCCCUCUGUAAAUUCUCCAUUUAAAAGCGGGUAGAUUCGUGGAAAUGCAGCAGCGCUUUUGGGUUUUUUCUUGUGUGCAUUUAUUAUAACAGGAGGCGGCACAAGAAGUGGCUUCUCCUUUGGGGCCAGACUUUGCUGUUGCUGUGUGGGGCCAUCUUCACUGCACUGCACUCAGCACCAGAGUUCACAUCUGAAGGCCACAUUC